CGCGUGUGGCAGCUCCCGGCCGGCGGCAGACGAGGAGGAGGAAGGCGGGCGGGAUCCGGGAUGCUGCCGGCGCAGCUCGGGCGCGCGCCGCGGCACCUGCUGGUGUGCGAGCGCGGCCACGCGCGCCACCCGCGCUCGCGGCACGCGGCGCACGUGCGGGACCACGCCUACAGCUGCCGCGUGUCUUUUUUGAUCCUGGAAUGUGGCGUGCUACCUGAAGUGCUGAAAAGCACAAUUGCAGAUAUUGGAGAGUACUACCUGGUGAGGAAUUUACCCAUUCAUGAAUUGGUCGCUCAUGAAUUCAUUGAUGCUUUUGUGAAGAAAGGUUCAUGCUACGCACUGACCUAUAAGACAAAAAUUGAUCAAGAUAAUGCUGCAGCUCUGCUACCAAAUGGUAAACUAAUUCUGUCAGUGGAUAAGGAUACCUAUGAGGAACUUGGACUGCAAGGUCGCCCUUCUCGGUACUCAGGCAAAAAAGUCAUGCGAUAUAUUAUCACUAUUGACUUGACUGAUGCUGGCUUUCACCCUGAGAGCAAGAAACAUAACAGAGUGCUUUGGGCCUUGAAAGAAAAGAAACCUUUAGAAUUUGACUUCCUACUGGCUUGGUAUAAUACAGGUGCAGAGGGAUCAACAUUGAUGUCAUACUUUUCAAAAAACCAAAUACAGGCCCUGAAGCCAAAAAUAACAUUCAGCACCUUAAGAGACUUGCAGUGUCCAGUGUUACAAAGUAAUGAUCUACAAGGAAAACCGGAGGAGUCCUGCAGUACAGAGGAGCUCUUUGAAUGGCUGGGUGCUGUCUUGAAUCAAGUUAGCUUAGACAACAAAUCCUCUAGCUUCUUAUCAACCUAUUGCUGCCCCGAGCCCAACACAGUGGUGGAAAAAGCUUUUUUGUGCACAAUCACAGGCUUUAUAAUUCCUGAGAAGAUUAUUCAGUUAUUGGAACAGCUGUGUUGCUAUUUUGGUGAACCAAAACUGGCACAUUGGCUGACCUUAACUGUGCAUGGCUUUGCAGACAGCCCUGUUUCCUGGAGAGAAAGUGAACAUGGUUUCCACAAAGGAGGAGAGAACUUGUACAACUUUGUCAUUUUUAGAAAUCUGGACUACUGGCUUCACAUGGCUGUAGGAGCUCAUGAUGAUUGUCCUCCAUAAAGUUAUGUCCACAGAAGUUGUUCUUUAAUAAUCCCUUGUUACUGACAGAAAACUAAUAAAAUAUUUUUUGUACAGGUAGUUAUGUAACAGAUUAAGUA